GUGGCCAUGAGUGCACUUUUAGCAAAAACAUAUGUUUAUUAAUAAUAUUUCACAUAUUUUAUAUGUUUUUUUUAUUUUUUUAUAAUGACUUGAUCCCAAAAGUGUUAAAACGGCGCGCCACUUGGCAGCACAAAAAUAACUUCAACUCCCGAAGUCCUUGUAGGUUCACCUCUGGACAACAGAGCGAGCCCCGGUAGAAUAUCGCACAAACUAUCGCUCCUCCUCAAUCAACCGAAUGUUGACGUUUACAACAGGGACUGCAGGCCGCUCCUCUACAGCUUGCUGACAGCACGAGCUUGGACUUUCCAGCCGAGACUUGAGGGAGAAACGUCUAGUGCAAUGCCAGCAAGACAAGGUUGAAUGCAUCAAAUUGAGGAAAUGGGCGACAGCAACGAUAGAGUCCCCAUGAUGACACGCAGGACAAGGAGAUCAACCAUCGGCCCCACGCCAGCGGGUGCCAAUUCGAAACAUGCCAAUGGCAGCAAGCAGGGCAGCGCAAGGGAAAAAACGCCAAGCCAUCCGAGCCACAGCAACGGGAAGGUGAAGGAGGAAAAACAGGUGCACGAGGCGGUCAGGACACAACAGGAGAGGAGCAAAAUCGGCGAAAGACUCAGCUGCCAUGUCCUCCAGGAGUCCCUGCUCAGCUCAGCCAGUGGAUACAGUAACUAUAGAGGCAUCCUCAACUGGUGCGUGGUCAUGCUGGUCUUGAGCAAUGCACGCCUUUUCCUGGAGAAUCUUAUAAAAUAUGGGAUACUGGUGGACCCUAUCCAAGUGGUUUCACUGUUCUUAAAAGACCCAUAUAGCUGGCCUGCACCAUGCCUUGUCAUUGUCUCGAACGUGUUCAUAAUGGCAGCUUUGUACACGGAGCGGAGGCUAUCAGUGGGCAUCAUCUCAGAGACUACUGGAGCGUUCCUUUACUUGGUCAAUCUGACUACCCUCCUCUGUUUCCCAUCAGCCACUGUGCUCACGCUGACCUCCAUGACCCCAGCUGGGGGAGUCUUUGCCCUGGGUGUGUACACCAUCCUCUUCAUGAAGCUGUACUCGUAUAAGGACGUUAACAUGUGGUGCAGAGAGAUUAGACACACCAAAGCCCGCACCCUGACCCGCUCCCAUUCAUGUCCAUCUGUGGCCCGGUCCAAUGGGUCAGUUGUACAUGCUCAUGUGUCCUACCCUGGAAAUCUCACACACAGAGAUAUCUACUACUUUGUGUUCGCCCCAACACUCUGCUAUGAGCUGAACUUCCCCCGGUCACCACGGAUACGCAAGAGCUUCCUGCUGAGGAGACUCUUUGAGAUGCUUUUCUUCAUACAGUUACUGAUUGGAUUGGUACAACAGUGGAUAGUGCCGACCAUUCAGAAUUCCAUGAAACCAUUCCAGGAUAUGGACUUUUCCAGAAUGAUGGAGCGCAUGUUGAAACUGGCUGUUCCCAAUCAUUUAAUCUGGCUCAUCUUUUUCUAUUGGUUUUUCCACUCUUCCAUGAACUUCGUAGCUGAGCUGAUGCGGUUCGGUGACAGGGAGUUUUACCGGGACUGGUGGAACUCUGAGACGGUCACUUACUUCUGGGCUAACUGGAACAUUCCUGUGCACAAGUGGUGCCUCCGCCACUUUUACAAACCCAUCAUGAGGAGAGGUGCGAAUAAGUGGGUCGCCCAGACGGCAGUCUUCCUGGUCUCCGCCUUCUUUCACGAGUACUUGGUGAGCGUUCCACUGAAAAUGUUCCGACUGUGGGCGUUCAUGGGCAUGAUGUCUCAGAUUCCACUCGCCUGGUUUGUUGGCCGCUUCCUGAGAGGUAACCAUGGCAACGCUGCAGUCUGGAUCUCGCUCAUCAUUGGCCAGCCCGUCGUCGUGCUGAUGUACGUCCACGACUACUACGUAAUACAUUACAUGUCACCAUCAUGAACAGUUGGUCGCAAGCAGAGGAGCAAUACAUUAUACUAAAGGACUAAUUGAAUGUAAAAUGUUUACUUUGAAAGAGAAAUAUAUUAUAUGAAGCUUGACUGAAUAGUAAGAAUGUUACACCAUGUAAAUAUUUUGGCCUCCAGGCACCAUUUCUCUAAUGCACUUCUACACCACAGAGAGACUUGGCUCCCGUCCUACCAUUGCUGUGAAACACUGCCCUGACAACUAGAGAAAAUGUGUACGCCUUUUCUCUGUUUCUUAGUCUACAACUAUGAAGAUCAAUGCAGACAUCCCUGUAGAUAAAUCUUACUAUCGGUGUGCUGCUUUUUCUCAUGCGUUUGACACGUCUUUCUUGCCUUUGAUUAUUUAAUGAUCUGAGUAUUUUAUUUGAAGUUGUGUGAACACAUGUAUUGUACAUAAGUCAAGCAAAAUCUGUUUUUACAUGUGAUUUGUGAAACUAAUGUGUUUGCACUACAAUGCAUGCUGUUUGCUAAUAAAUGGACGAAAAAACAA